AUGCAAGGGGAUAGAUUGCAGGGCACUUUACGCUACUAUAAUCAGCCGCGUGUUCGUCUGCCGCUGACCAGAAAUCUGGGCUUUGGAGGUGUGCGAGUAAAGUCCACUAUUAACAAGGCGGCCUCUCCCUCUGACUUUCAUGCUGUCCACUUGACGGAAUACGAAAAACACGAAAUUCAGGGAUACGCAGAUGUCUACUACGCUGGACAGAACUGCGAGCGUAAAAUUCAGGCCCCAGUAGAUGGUGGGUACAAUAGCGGUUACGAUGACGAACGCGGGGACUAUACAAUCAAGCUCUAUGAUCACAUAGCUUACCGCUAUGAGGUCCUAAGUACUCUGGGGAGUGGAUCCUUUGGCCAGGUUGUCAAGGUUGCAGACCACUAUAAGGGCACUACGGUUGCACUGAAGAUUAUACGAAACAAGAGGCGGUUUCAGUCACAGGCAAAAAUUGAAGUGCAAAUUCUUUUGCAUCUUCGACGGAAUGAUCCUAAUGGAAUUUACGGCAUAGUUCAAAUGCUCGAUAGUUUUACAUUUCGUUCACAUGUAUGUAUUACCUACGAGCUGUUGUCGGUGAACCUCUACGAGCACCUAAAACAGCGUAAUUUUCGUCCGAUAUCAUUAAAUGUCGUACGUAAGAUUGCCGCAAGUUUGUUAGUCUCGCUUUCGUAUAUAUGGCGUGAGAAUAUUAUUCAUUGUGAUUUGAAGCCAGAAAACAUACUCCUUAAAUCAUCUGAUAGGGCGGCUGUAAAGGUGAUUGACUUUGGAUCUGCCUGCUUUGAAAACUCUUGUAUCUACACAUACAUUCAGUCCCGGUUUUACCGUGCCCCUGAGGUGAUUCUGGGCCGCACCUAUACCAAACAUAUAGACCUCUGGAGUUACGGUUGUGUUAUAUGCGAACUUGCCACGGGAGUUCCCAUUUUCCCGGGAGAAAGUGAACAGGACCAACUAGCCUGCAUCAUGGAGUACCUUGGCAUCCCUCCACAUGACUUGAUACUUCAAUCCCCGCGCAAACACGAACUCUUUGAUGCCAAUGCGGACCAUGCCCCAAAGUUGUUUCUCAACAGCAAGAGGAAGAUACGAUUCCCAGGGACAAAGUCUCUGUCAGCGUUUCUUGGACUUCCUGAAGAUGAUGGCUUUGUUAGCUUUGUUAGGCAGUUUCUCUGCUGGAUCCCCGAAGACCGGGUUCCCCCGCGCAAGGCGAUGCGGCAUCCCUGGAUUGCCGACGCGUUUGAGGGGGCAUCCGCACCACCGCUGUUGCAGAUGAACCAGGCGCAAACAAAAAUGGCGGUGCGUGCGGCCAUUUCGAAUGCUCACGGCGUCACAGUGUCAUUGUGGAGGGCGUUACAUCUUCCAAAGAUUGUUGAACAAUAA